AUGGCGCUGAAAAGGAGGGCUUGCUCCCAGGCAGAGGAUGUGCACCCCCCGGCCGGGAGGGCCCUGGUGUUCCGUGCAGACGACACCACCCCUGAGGUGGUGCAGAGUGUCCUCCUGGAGCGAGGCUGGACCGAGUUCGACAAGCAGACGCAGAGCGCAGAGGACUGGCACCUGUACUGGCGGACCACCUCCUUCUCCUCGGCGGAGCACAGCAGCCUCAAGCCCUGGCAACGCCUGAACCACCACCCGGGCACUGCCAGGCUCACCCGCAAGGACGAGCUGGCCAAGCUGCUCCGCUUCAUGCGCACCGUGUACGGCGCCGCGCUCUACGAGUUCACCCCUCUCACCUUCAUCAUGCCCGCCGACUACCGCAAGUUCAUGGCCCAGUACUGCAAGGAGCGGCCGGCCCCGGGCUCCGCGCGUGGCUACUGGAUCUGCAAGCCCGCCGAGCUGUCCCGCGGCCGCGGCAUCGUGGUCUUCAGCGACAUCAAGGACCUGGUGUUCCACGAGACGUGCGUGGUGCAGAGAUACAUCUGCAACCCCCUGCUGGUGGGCAGGUACAAGUGCGACCUGCGCAUCUACGUGUGCGUGCUGGCCUUCCGUCCCCUGACCAUCUACCUCUACCAGGAGGGCCUGGUGCGCUUCGCCACUGAGAAGUUUGACCUGGGCAACCUGCACAACGAGUUCGCGCACCUGACCAACAGCAGUAUCAACAGGCGGGGCGCGUCCUGCGAGAAGGUCAAGGAGGUGGUGGGCCGCGGCUGCAAGUGGACGCUCAGCCGCUUCUUCUCCUACCUGCGCAGCUGCGACGUGGACGACCUGCUGCUGUGGCGGCGGAUCAGCCGCGUGGUCAUCCUCACCGUGCUGGCCAUCGCGCCCUCCGUGCCCCGCGUGGCCAACUGCUUCGAGCUGUUUGGCUUCGAUGUCCUUAUCGACGAGAAGCUGAAGCCGUGGCUUCUGGAGGUCAACUACAGCCCAGCCCUGUCCCUGUGCUGCCCCACCGACGUGUCCGUCAAGAGGGCCCUGCUCCACGACAUAGUCGAUCUGAUCCAGCCGCCCGGCCCGCGACCCUCGGGCAAGGGUGGUGGUCGCAGGCCCAGGAGCAGCACCCAUGUGUCCCCGGCCAAAAGCGAGGCGAGUGGCCUCUGCAGGGUGCGCAGCGCCCAGCCUGAGAAGUGCCUCCUGUGGGUCACCAGCCGGGCGCUCUCCACCCCGGAGCCUGCUGCGCAGAAAGCGGAAAAGGCAGGUUGGAGGAGCACCCAGGCCUCCCCGGCCAAGGAAAGGAAGAGUAAGCAGGACGCGGCCCCAGGGGCCAGGGAUCUCCCCAAGAUCAAGCCCAAGCUAAGGGGCAGGUCCUUCGUCCCUCACACAGCACGCAUCCAGUCCCUUACCUGCCAGGCUGGGUCCGUCCAGGACGCCCUCCUGAAUGGCGGUGAGAAGCCCCGGCCCCAGGCGGGCAACUUUGUCCUCAUCUUCCCAUUCAAUGAUGCCACUUUCAGGGCGUCCAGGAAUGGGCUGGACAUGAAGAGGAUUGUUCAGGAGCUCCAGAAGCUUGCAAGCACGCAGCACAACCACAAAACAUGGGCCCAGCCCAGGACCAGGCCUGUCGUGCUCCCCACAGCCCGCUGUGCUCCCUACAGCCUGCUGUGCUCCCCACAGCCUGCCGAGCUCCCUACAGCCUGCCGAGCUCCCUACAGACUGUCGUUCUCCCUACAGACUGUCAUUCCUUCUACAGCCUGCCGUGCUCCACACAGCCUGCCGUGCUCCCUAUAG